AUGUCGUACGAUGAGGACGAGGAGGCGUUCGAGCACACGCUCCUCGUCGUUCGCGAGGUCUCCGUGUUCAAGAUCCCUCCCCGCCCCACCAGCGGCGGCUACAAGUGCGGAGAGUGGCUCCAGUCAGAUAAGAUCUGGACCGGACGCCUCCGGGUCGUCUCCUGCAACUCGCGCUGCGAGAUCCGCCUCGAGGAUCCCAGCUCCGGCGACCUCUUCGCCGCCUGCUUCGUCAACCCGGGCCAGAGGGAGAUCGCCGUCGAGCCGGCGCUGGACUCAUCCAGGUACUUCGUGCUGAGGAUCGAGGACGGACGUGGGAAGCACGCGUUCAUAGGGCUGGGGUUCAAUGAGAGGAACGAGGCGUUCGAUUUCAAUGUGGCGCUGUCGGAUCACGAGAAGUACGUGAAGAGGGAGGUGGAGAAGGAGGCGGGAGGCGACGGCGCCGGGGAAGGUGGAGAGGAUGGGCAGAUCGAUAUUCAUCCCGCCGUGCACCAUAGACUUAAGGAAGGUGAAACAAUUCGAAUAAAUGUAAAGAAUAAGCCGUCUAGUGGGGCAGGCAUGCUAUCUGCUGCUGGAAAAUCCAAAACUUUAGGCCUUGCUUCACCACCAAGCACGGCCAUGAAAAUAAGGUCCCCUCUUCCUCCUCCGCCCAAUGAUCCUGCUGCUGCUAGAAUGACUUCAACCAAUCAUGGUGGUGGUUUGAACAGAGGCAAAGAUAACUCGAGCAACUCCAGUGAUUUUCUUUCAGAUCUUUCUCAACUCAAGAAAGAUCUUCCUUCUACUGGUGGAUCAGAACCAACUAAGAGCUCUGCAGCCGGUUGGGCAGCAUUUUGA